AUGGGCGACGCACCUAUUGAAACUUCGGAGGGCAUUCCUCCCCCAAACGCAGUCAACGGAACCAGCCAGCACUAUGCCUACCCAGAGCCAACGCCAGAUUGCCAUUAUCGUGUGCUGGAUCAGUACCACUCGAAAGCACAGAAGCUAAGAGUGGCAUGCGUGGGCGCCGGUGCGACCGGCCUGUGCCUGGCAUACAAAAUGAAUAAGAACCUGGAGAAGGGCUCGUUCGACUUGACUUUAUUUGAAAAGAAUCCUCAUUAUGGUGGAACUUGGUAUGAGAAUACCUACCCGGGCGUGGCCUGCGACAUUCCGUCUCAUAAUUACUCCUUCACGUUCGAUCCCAAUCCAAACUGGAGUCACUUUUUCUCAUACGGGCCUGAGAUCCAGGAGUAUUUUGAAGGCUUUGCACAGCGCCAUGACUGCUGCAAGUACAUGAAGCUCAAUAUGCGGGUAGUGGAGUGCAGAUGGGAUGAUAAUCAAGGUGUAUGGAAUAUCAAGUUACAAGAUACCCAGUCAGGCGAAUACUGGCAAGACUGGGCCCACUGCGUGGUGAAUGGUACCGGAAUCUUAAAUACUUGGAAAUGGCCAGACAUUGAGGGUCUUCACGACUUUGAAGGACCUAUAAUGCAUUCUGCAAAAUGGAAUCAUGAGGUUGACUUUCAAAAAAAAACUGUCGGCGUCAUCGGAACAGGUUCAACUAGCGUCCAAAUCGUGCCUCAACUCCAACAAACAUGCAAGGAAGUACAGGUUUACAUGCGCAGCCCUACAUGGAUUAGCCCUCCAUUUGGUGGUGGAGUACUCAAUAGUGUGAACAAGAACAGUGAGGAGAAUCCUGGGCACCGACAGUAUGAAUUCACCGAGGCGGAGAAGCAAAAAUUCCGCGACGACCCUGAAUAUCAUCUUCUAUUCAGAAAGAGAAUCGAAGCCGAGAUCAAUGGACUAUUUGGAAUGUAUAAACAGGGCUCUGAAAUUUCGAAACAAAUGCGAGAGAUAUUCACCAAUGAAAUGCACCGCCGAAUGGGACCCGGGCAUGAAGAACUGAAGAAGUUCAUUAUUCCUAAAUGGGCUCCAGGGUGUCGCCGAAUAUCCCCAGGGGAUGGCUUCCUCGAAGCCCUCGUUCAACCAAAUGUGCGACCGGUAUUUGGUGGCAUCAAUAAGGUUACCAAAAAGGGUAUAGUCACACAGGACGGCGUUGAACACAAUAUGGAUAUCCUGGUCUGCGCGACUGGAUUCCAUGUAGCCUUCAAGCCCGCGUUCAAGGUAGUCAACAGCGAAGGCAACUCAAUUCAAGAAGAUUGGGGUCACUCCAUCAAUCUUUAUUUCGGAAUAUCUGCCCCACGAUUCCCAAAUUAUUAUACCAUCGCUGGACCAGGAGCGACAUGGUCGAACGGAACCCUGCUACCGUCAAUUGAGACUUCAGUUGAGUAUAGUGUUAAAUGUAUGAAGAAGAUGCAGCAUGAGACGAUCAAAUCUAUGGCAGUGAAGCAAGAAGCCCUAGAUGACAUCUAUUCUCAUUUUGAUGAGUUCCACAAAAACACUGUUUGGCAAGAGGAAUGCCGCUCUUGGUUCAAAGACGGCAAGAUCAAGAAUCGGAUCUAUCUCUGGCCUGGGUCCACAAUUCAUUUCUUGAAGACCAUCCGGGAUCCUCGAUUUGAAGAUUACGAUAUCAAGUAUCGCUUUGGCAAUCGAUUCGCAUUCUUGGGUAAUGGAGACGUUAAAGCGACAGCAAGUGGGGAUGUGCACGGUCUGUCCACUUAUAUUCGUGCUGACGAUAAGGAGUGGACAGUGGACUAA